AUGCGGCGCCUCCAUGUGUCCCAGAAGCCUCCACCUGACCAGCAGAGCACUCAGCCAGCAGCUCCCAAUAGCACCCACGCUGAGACCCAAAGCUCUUUGUCAAUUGCCCUUGAUCCCCAAGUCCAUACUCAAGAGUCUCCGCUCGCCGUCAGCACUCUAAGGGUCAGCAGCCAACCUUCUCACACCACUGGCAUUCUCAAGGUCCACCACCAAGAGCCUUCGUCCACCCGCAGCGGUCGCCGGGUCAGCAUCCAAGAGCCUCCGCCUUCCCUCAGCGUGCGCCGGGUCAGCAUCCAAGAACCCCUGUCAAUUUUGCAGAGUCACCGGAUCAGUAGCCACGAGUCUUACCCAGAUAGCAGCCAUCGCCGGUUUAGUAUCCAAGACACACCAUCCAUUACCUACAAUGGCUGGGUUGGUGCCCGAGAUGGUCAACCAAAUCAACACUUGAGCACCUCCCUGACUGAAAUCCAAUCAGUUAGCAACCAUAGUCAAACCGAUUUUGAAAAUUUCCAGACAGUAGAGAGAACCGGCCAAACAUUCAAACAAAACCGGCUCAGUGUUGAUGUCCCCCCAUCCAUUACCCACAGCCCUGAGGCCAGUAUCAAAAGUAUUGAAUCAAUUGUCUGGGGUUCCCAGGAGAGUUUCAAACAAUAUGCGCACAGCCCCCAACUCAGCCAAAUCACUCUGGACAACAUUCACAACUAUAUGCCCCGGUACUCCACCGGAAUUGGUUCCUCCAGGUUUCAGGACAAAUGGAGCCGCCAAUCACUGCUGCCCUUAGGCUGGCGACUGCUGCACGAGGCCAGGAAGAUCAGCCGCCAGCUGAGCCUGGUGCUGAGCCUGGCUGGCAUGGUGAUCAUUGGUCUCAUUUCUCUGGGCCAGCCCUGGAUGCACUUCCAGGUGCCACUGAAGCCACCAGGGGACCCUGAUGGCCCGCAGACCAUCCCCAUCAACACCAUCUUCUUUAUGCAGUGCCCCGACGUUGUCUGCAUGUAUGAGUACGACCAGAAUGCUUACUUGCUGGACCUUUCCUGGGCCUUCCUCGUUAUCUCCAGUAUCACCGGCUUCUGCCUCUGUGUGGCUCUAAUAAGCACCCUCUUCUUUACCAGCUCCAACCUGCCCAUGCUGGACUUCUUCCUCUUCAUCAGCAGCAUCAUGACAGGGGCCAGUAUCAUAUUGGGCGUCCUGUUCUACCUGAUGCAGGCCCACAAGUUCCUGCAGGAAGGCAUGACCUACAAGCUGGGCAUCAGCUUCUAUCUGGCAUGGACUGCCGUCUUCUUAUUCCUGAUGAAUGGUUUAUUCUCCUAUCUGAAUUAUAUGAAUUUCUGGUCCAUCCUGGCGAUCCAGGCCAUCUGGGCUUAG